AGAGGCUUCCGUAGCCGAGCACGUCUCUGAGCGCUGAUUGGCUCUCGCAGGUGGCGAGAAUAACCCCGUUGGCCAAUCACACGCGCUGUUUUAUAUGGGUCCGGGGUCUUUCGACAUGCCGUUAUUGUCCUCAUAAUAAGGUGAUUUGUCGUGGAGAAGAUGUCGGUUGUGGGUCGAGGCUGAGCGGGCAGCGCGCCGCUGUUCUGGACGGGCCGUCGUGUUGCGCUCAGCUGUGGGAACCUGCAGUGAACGCAGAAAGGCAUGGCACAUAUGUACAUGGUGCCUAAUCCUGGAAUGCCAGGAUGUCCACCUGGGCUAGAAUACCUAACACAGGUUGAUCAGCUACUGAUUAAACAGAAGGUGGAGCUCAUAGAGGCUCUGGCCGGCUUUGAAAGCAACAAUAAGUAUGAGAUCCGAAAUGUAAUGGGCCAGAAUGUGUAUUAUGCGGUGGAGGAGAACGACUGUCUAACGCGCCAGUGCUGCGGCCCCCUGCGCUCUUUCACAAUCCGCAUCCUCAACAAUUUUGGACAGGAAGUGAUCACGGUCAGCCGUCCACUGAAGUGCAUGUCCUGCUUCUUCCCCUGUUGUCUACAGGAGCUGGAGGUCCAGUCUCCUCCAGGGAACAUUGUGGGCUAUGUGCUCCAAGAGUGGCAUCCCUUUCUGCCCAAGUUUACCAUCCAGAACGAGCACAGGGAGCCUGUCCUCAAGCUGCAGGGGCCCUUCUGUGGCUGGAGCUGCCUUCCAGACGUGGACUUUGAGAUUUUGACCAUGGAUGACGUCAGCAUUGGAAAGAUCAGUAAGCAGUGGACAGGGCUUCUGCGAGAGGCCUUCACAGAUGCUGAUAACUUUGGGAUCCAGUUUCCUUUGGAUCUUGACGUCAGAAUGAAAGCGGUGAUGAUUGGACUCUGUUUCCUCAUUGACUUCAUGUUCUUUGAAACUAACAACUAACUGCUGCAUAGAACCACGGAGCCAUUAUCCUGCAGAAAGGAAGACCGCAGAAGACCCUCAUUUAAACGUCCUCAGUCAGUCAUGUCCUAGUCCCCUAAGCAAAUGCAUGCUAAUAUAUUUUGUAGGUGUGAUGGCAUUACAUUAGCUGAACAGGGGUGGUAUUUAACUUAUCAGACGAAGAGAAACAUUCAGAAGAUUAAAGUGAUACUCGUGCUGCCACUUCUAUGAUAUUUGAACAGCAUUGCUUUUGAUGAACUUGCCACAUAAGACCAUACACUGGCUAGCCCACCUGCCUGGCUUAGACCCUGAAGAAACUAUAGGUUUAUUUGAAGCCUGUAAGUGUACAGUGUAAAGUGUAGUGUUGUGUGUUUUUUGUUGUUUUGUUUUGUAUCGUCGCUUCACAGAAAUAUCCAAACACCUUAAGGCCCCUAAUAUUUGUGAAGAUUGGCAAGAGGAUUUAGCCAACACUGUAAUGUGACUCGUAGAGGUUGGCUGCGAUGCUGAUAAAGUAUAAGUGACCAAAACUACAUGGGUUAUCAUUCAUAGUCAAGUGUCAAAGUGUGAAAAUGAGUUCUAACAUGUAUGUACAUCUAUACUUUGCAGCUGUUCUUUGUUUUAGACAUGUAUCAACUGUGGUGUGCAGCAAUUCAACAUGUUAAAGAGACAUUCAGCCAGCCAGUGUAUAAGAGAAAUAUAUGUACAUCGUAAUGUAUUGAUAUGCAAAUUAUUUAUGUUUUAUGUUUCAUUUUAGCACUGUUGGUUAACCACUUUUGUUCGAGCUCUGUUUAUUUAAACCCGUUGAACUUUUUUUUGGUUGUAGAAAGUGAAUUAGCAUCAUUAGUUUACCGUGAAUGUGAACAUGUUUAGUAGUACCUGAUGUUUACAGUAGAUGGCAGCAAUAGCCUGUUCAACAUGUGCACCCACUCCCCUCCUCCUCCUCCUCCUCCUCCUCCUCUUUUUUUUUUUUUUUUUUUUUUUUUUUUUUUUUUUUUAAAACACAUUCACACAAUGAAUCAAUAACACUUUUUUAUGACUCAGGAAUGCAUGCAUGCAACUAAUGCUUGCACUUUAAACAUAUCCAUAGGACGCUUGUCUGUGAAGCUCUAGUUCAAUGGAUGACCGUUGUGGUUGUUGUUUUUACAGUGAUAUACCGAAUGUAGUCUAAGCAAUGCCUUGUUCUGAUGGUUAUUUUUAUUAAAAUAAUUUAUUUUCAUCUUUCAA